UUCUUCUUUGACAGUGUUCAAAAAGGGCCGGCAUUACCGCUCACUGCGCCGCACUCAGUUUGUCUACGUUGGAAGACAGACAGACACCCGUCGACUCCAGAGAGGCAAAGGGGGAAACAACAUUUUAAUCCAGCUCGACGUUUCUCACCGGCUCCACUUAAAUUAAAACCAACCAUGGCGGAUGAGCAAGCGAGUAACCGCCAUGCCACCACCGACUCCAACGCUACCGGUAAUACAACCGGGGAGACAGACACGGUGCAAAGCGUGGAGGAUACGGUGGAAUUCAGACUCAUGAUGGCCUACGCACAGAGGAGACACAGGCCAGAUGCACCAUUGCGUGUUCCACAUAAAGAAGAGAAGGAAAGGAAGGAGAAGAAGAGGAAGAGCUGGCGAAGGAUUUUUACCUGUGUCACACCUCAGACCGGGGACAAGGAGGAAGUUGGACAGGACAGGAGCAGCUGUGAAGACACUGAUGAUCUAAGAGUCAUGAAUAGGCGUGCUGAGGCAGAGGGGGAAGAGAAUUUGGGGGAAGUAACCGGCAGACUGAUGAAGAUUGCUGAUAAAGUCUUCACUCCUCCAGAUAUUGAGGCUGAUGGAGAAGAGGAUGAUGCGGAGAAGCUGGCUGGCCUGCUGCUGAGGGAGAUUGGAGAUGAACUCAACGAGGCGGUGUUGAAGGAUGCAAAUCUAAUCAGGAAGCUGUUGGGGGACUACGGUUUCUUUAAAAGUCUAAUGUCGGCCAUUUUCAGGAAGACUGGCUUCAAGGCUUUUGACCUUACAGAGCCACAGGGGUCUCCCAAGGCCGAGAUCGCCCUGACUUGUGAGGUCGCCAGUCGCUUGUCUGUGGUGAACACCCACCCGAUGAACAGACUGCUAGGAUAUGGAGCCAGGUAUCUGCAGGAGCACUACUCUCAAUGGGCAACACAGCACGGAGGCUACGACACGGCUUUGGAGAGUGAGGAUAUUGAGGAUUCCCUUGAAUAGUAGAUAUUCAGUGUCACAGCUCGUCCAAUGUGCUGUCCACUCACUCACCGCACAUGGACAAUGAACCCUACAUGAUCUUGACUCAGGAAACGUAUUCUGUAAUGUAAUCUUAUGUAAGCGGUUCUGAUCCGAUGACAGCUGGUCCAGUAUGAGCAUUGUAAAUGAAGAACAAUUCCUUGUUGGAUGUUGUAAUGACCUACUUUUCACUCUCACAGAUGAUAACACUGUUUCUGAAUUAGCCGUGGAACUUCGGCAUGUUUAUUUCGCUCCAUGCAUAACGUGCACAUAAUCUGACUGACCCUCGUCUACCUUCCCGCUCCCGUGGCUGCUCUGUUUACUAUCCCAUAAUUCCCUGUGUCCUUAAAGGUGUAUUCCCCUAAUACUGAACAUCACAGAUGUCAUUCAAGUUAGCAGUUUUUUUACGUUUGUAUUGCUCAGGCUUUUACAAAUUGCAGUGACCCACUGUGGUAAGACAGUAUGUCAUUGACACUGUGACGGAGGAAGAUGCAGAGGACAGGAAGAAGUGGAAACGGAUGAUCUGCUGUGGCGACCCCUAACGGGAGCAUCUGAACAUAGUAGUAGUAGUAGUAGUAGUAGCAUGACAUAGGUACUGUGGUAAGGAAAUUUUUGCACAAAAUCAAAGAAAGUGUCUUUUGUUUUCAUGAUUUCUUACAAUAGAGCAGUGAACAAAGCACCAACAGUUUGUUUAGAAUAAAACUACUAUUUCUUUCAAAGUUUAACGUGAUUAAAUAUGUUUUUAUGUAAAUUAUUUUAAACAACUUUAUGGAUGAACUGGAGGGAUUCAAGUAAAUGUUUACAGAAAUUAACUGGAAAUUAUUGAGACCUGUUAGUCGAUUACAACAGUGCCAUACAACCAACAGCGGAACACAACGAUGAGCCAAGUGAUCCCAGCUGGAGGUGUGCCCGCGUUGUGUAAAUAUUGAAAUAAAAUUUACUUUCUGGUAAUGAAAUAAAACGCGCCUGGUUACUUUCUAAUAAUGAAAUAAGUGUUUGGUUAC